AUGUUUUGGUGUAGUGGGUCAUUUAUCCGCCUUUCUCUUCGACAUUUUACAAGAACAAAAUCCACCUUUUCAUCCUCCCCAGCCCCACAAAUAGCAAUUAUUGGCUCUGGACCUUCAGGCCUUUAUGUUUGUUCAAGAUUACUUCAAAGAUUUGAAAAUUGUUUUAUUGAUAUUUUUGACAAAGCACAAGCACCUUUUGGAUUGAUAUAUUAUGGAGUAGCCCCAGACCACUUUGAUAUGAAAAAAAGUAUGACUGGAUUUGAAAAAAUGUUUGAAGAAAAUAGGGAAAGAUUGGAACUUUUUUGUAAUGUGGAUGCUAAUAAAGAUAUUAAUUUUGAGGAAUUAUGUUCCACCUAUGAUGCUGUUGUUUUAGCCUAUGGAGCUAAUAAACCGAGAAAAUUGGGAUUGGAAAAUGAAUAUGGAAAUAAUUGUUUUUCUGGGGGAGAAUUUGUUUCAUGGUAUAAUGGAAUGUCCCAACAAUACAUAAAUAAUAUACCAAAAUUGAAUACCGGAAGUAAUGCAGUAGUCAUUGGAAAUGGAAAUGUAGCAAUUGAUUGUUCUCGAAUUUUGCUUUCUUCUCCAGAAAGAUUAAAACAAACAGAUAUUACAGAAAAUGCUUUGAAUGCUUUGAAAAAGUCAAAAAUUAAAAAUGUUUAUAUUAUUGGAAGGAGAGGGCCUAAAGAGGUUUUUUGAAAUAAAAAAAAUUUUUUUUGGGGGGAGAGGGGGUCCAAGUAGUCCCCCCUUUGUAGGCGUUAAUGGUACGCUUGCGUAAAAACGUUUUGCGUUUUGCACAGAAUAAACAAUGGGAAAAGAGCG